AUGGCCGACACAAUCCCUCACAACACCUUCGACACGAUUCUCGUGUUGGACUUCGGGUCCCAAUACACCCACCUCAUCACCCGCCGCCUUCGCGAAAUCAAUGUCUACUCCGAAAUGCUCCCGUGCACCCAGAAACUUGCCGACCUAGGCUGGAAGCCCAAGGGUAUCAUUCUUUCAGGCGGCCCAUACUCCGUCUACGAAGAGGGUGCACCCCACGCCGACCCGGCGUUCUUCGAGCUUGGCGUCCCAAUCCUGGGUAUCUGCUACGGUCUCCAAGAGCUCGCCCACCGCCUGCACGCGGAUAACGUCGUUGCCGGAACCGCGAGGGAAUACGGCCAUGCUGAUCUGAAGGCCACCAAGUUUGGCGGUCACGUUGACAAGCUCUUCGAGAAUAUUGAGGGCGAUAUGACCGUUUGGAUGUCGCACGGUGACAAGCUCCGCAACUUGCCCGAGGGCUUUCACACCAUCGGUACUACGCAGAACUCGGAGUACGCGGCCAUUGCGCACAAGUCGGAUCCUAUAUAUGGCAUUCAGUUUCACCCAGAGGUCACACACACUCCUCAAGGUGGACAGCUGCUGAAGAACUUCGCUGUGGGCAUCUGCGGCGCUGAGCAGAAGUGGACGAUGGCGGAAUUCAUUGGUCAGGAGAUUCAGCGCAUUCGUUCUCUCGUUGGCCCUGAUGGCCAGGUGCUCGGUGCUGUCAGCGGCGGCGUCGACUCGACCGUUGCCGCGAAGCUGAUGACAGAGGCCAUUGGCGACCGAUUCCACGCCGUUCUCGUCGACAACGGCUGCAUGCGAUUGAACGAGUGCGAGAAGGUCCAGGAGGUUCUCCAGGAGCAGCUUGGAAUCAACCUGACGGUCGUUGACGCCGGUGAGCAAUUCCUCGCUGGUUUGAAGGGCGUGCACGACCCCGAACAGAAGCGCAAGUUCAUCGGCGGCAAGUUCAUCGACGUUUUCGAGGAUGAGGCGCGCAAGAUUGAGGCCAAGAGCAACGGAAAGGUCGAGUGGUUCCUCCAGGGUACCCUCUAUCCUGACGUGAUUGAAAGUAUCUCUUUCAAGGGCCCCUCCCAAACUAUCAAGACUCACCACAACGUUGGCGGCAUUGCCGAGCGCCUCAUGCGCGGCCACGGCCUCAAGCUUAUUGAGCCCCUCCGUGAACUCUUCAAGGACGAAGUCCGCGAGCUCGGCCGCCAACUCGGCAUCUCUCCGGAGCUUGUCGGUCGUCACCCUUUCCCUGGCCCGGGCAUCGCCAUCCGUGUCCUUGGCGAAGUUACUCGCGAAAAAGUUGAAAUGGCUCGCCAGGCCGACCACAUUUUCAUCUCCAUGAUCCGCGAAGCGGGCAUCUACGACGAGAUCGGCCAGGCUUAUGCGGCACUCGAUCCCUCCCGCGCCGUCGGCGUCAUGGGCGACAAGCGCGUCUACGCGAACAUUAUCCUGCUCCGUGCAAUCUCCACGAAGGACUUCAUGACUGCCACCCCGUACCCAUUCUCGUACGAGUUCUUGUCCAAGGUGUCGACAAGAAUCGUCAAUGAGGUUGCGGGCGUUUGCCGCGUUUGCUACGAUUACACGAGUAAACCGCCUGGGACUAUCGAGAUGGAAUAG